AUGUUAAUAUCACAGGUGACUUCCAACUUACUGAAGGCUUCACGAAUUGCAGGCCCCCUUUUGCCAAGGUCAGUGUCUUCCUUUCUUCGCUGUCAUUCUACAUCUGCGCACUAUAGCACGCAGCCAUCUAACAAGAGUGGAGGCCAGCCUCAGCGGUGGUAUGCUCUGGACCCUGAACUGGAAGAGAUGCUGAUCCCCAGAAAACUUUCCAUCAGCCCCUUAGAAAGCUGGCUGACAGUUAGAUACUCCCUUCCUAAAGCAGAAGUCCUUAAUGCUCAGGAAGAAGUGGGCUAUGAACCUGUCCAGCGAUAUGACUGUCCCCCAUCUGAUGAGGGAGCUGAUGUGGGGGAAGGAGAGGGAACACUUAACAACCAGGUUCAAUGUAAGAACGUUUUGAAGAUUCGCAGAAGGAAAAUGAAUCGGCACAAGUUCAAAAAGCUGCUAAAGCGAAGAAAGUUUGUACGGAGGAGGAUAAAGGAAGGUCGCAAGAAGAAACGUCAGAUGAAAUUUGAGAAAGAUUUGGAGCGCAUCUGGAAAAGAGCUGGUUUGAAAAAUCCCCCUGCAGGAUGGCAAACACCCAAGAUAUUUCUGAAAAGUUCAAAGCGAUAAAAUAACACUUGUAAUGAGUUUGAACCUGUAAUUGUAAUUAAAAAAUAUUUAAGUAUGC